AUGUUAAAGAUUAAUUCUAAAUCUAGGACAACUCUAGCCAGUACUCCAUAAUCAACAGCUGAAAGCAAUAGAUAGAAUUUAUUAAUUUGGGAUUAAAUGUUUGGAAAUUUUAAUAAUUCUCUUAAAUCUAGGAAUUAGGCAUAGAGAUUGGCUGCAUAAAAAUAUUAAUUGAUAAAUGAUCCAAUAUGUACAUCAUCACCAUUGUAUAAACCAAACCCAUUUUAAUUUAAUGAAAAGCUUAGAUAAGGUUUCAGAGAAUUUUUAUGUGGUGAACGUACUGCUCUAAACUUAGUUAAUGAAUGUAAUCACUUAAAUAGAAAAGAAACAAAGUUAAAAAAUAGGAUGAAAUUAAUUAAAAGAGCUAAUAUGUUUGCAAAUUAGUUAUAACUAGGAAAUAAAUAUAAGUCACUACAUUAAUAAGGAUUAACAGAUGAGGAAAUUGAGAAAAAAGUGCGAGUAUUUUAAAGAUUUGAGAAAAUUAAGAAACUAAUUUAAAAGAACUCUUAAACUGAACCAAAUGAAGAAAACAAUCUUAAAGAUGUAUAACUUUUUAGACAACUCUAUGAGGUGAGUGAAGAGAACAAAAAUAAAAUAAAAUAAAAAAAUCUAUUAACAGAGAGAGCUGAUGGACAACGUGAAUUUAAUAAUGUUAAAUAUACAUCUCAUGGAUAUUUAAGAGUUAAAAAGGUUGAAAAAUAAAGAGGUAAUACAGCAAAUAUUGAAAAGAAAUCAUUCAUCAAAUCAAAAUUUCGAGAUGCUAUUAAUGAUUAGUUAAAUGGAUUUAUAUAAGAGAGAUAAUAAAAAGAGAAAGAUAUCUUUAAUAAAGCAAAAAGAAAAAUGUUAAUGAAAAAUAAUUAGUAUAAGGAAUUUACUAAGGAUAAAUAUGUUUUGAAUGAUCCUUUGAGUUAGGAUGUCAAAUUAUAUGCUUAUAUGUUUAUGAAAAAUAAAGAAAAAGGAAUUAAAGCAGAAAAUUCAUAAAGAAUGUGUUAUACAGCUAGGAAUGAUGAGAGACCUAAACAUUUUAUAAAGAAUUUUAAUAAUGAAUUAACAUCUCGUAAUGUAAGUAUGUCAAAUGAUUCAUCUCUUAAUUCAAUGCUUGAAAUUAAUAUAGAUAAUAUGUAUAGAGCAAGUAAUGCAAUCUAAAAUUAAAUUCUUUAAAGUGAUUCUGAAAAAUUCGUAAGGAGAAUUAAACAGUUUUAAAAAGUCUAAUAACUCAAUUUUGAAAUUAUUAAGGUGAAUCAAUAAAAACUUUCAUCUGAACGUAAGUCCAUUUUGUUUUGA